CGCCCUUUCUCUUCUUUUCCCUCCCCCUUUUCUUCUUUCGCGCCCACUGUGUCCCUGUGCAUCGCAAGGCCUGGCCCCAUGCACUGCCCUUUCAUUUCACCGCGGAUCCCGCGUCAUCCGACGCUCAGGCCAUCCCGGCCGGAUCAGCAGCACUGUAGAGUGGCGAAACUAUCGAAUGCCAGGAAGGGCUAUACCGGGAAUGGUCCCGCUCGACUUCCCAGCAAAGGGCCUAGCCGCCGCAAGAAUCUGUCUUUUCCUAUGCUUCGUUCUCAGUUCUCAGCAAUGUCAGUCGAGGAUCGACUACAGUUCUUGUCUUGGCUGUUUGAGUGUGCUUUAUAAUACUGUAUUCUAAUAUCUAUUAUAUUAAGGCAAG